CACUAUUUUACCGUCAACCUGCGUAAGUUGGGAUGGAAAACAGAGUACCCCGCAGUAUUCAGCUUCCUGAUGGAACAGAUCACGAACGAAGCCAGAAUUUCAUCUAAGAAAAUACCGUGCGACCCAUGCCGCCAACGGCGAGUUCGGUGCGACGGGCUGCUGCCUUGCAGCUCCUGCCAGCGGACCCGGCUUGCCUGCAGCCGCGAAUAUGUGCGGAAACGACGCGGUCCGAAACAUGGCCGUGGAAAGAAGAUAGAGGCACUGAGAUAUGCUCAAUCGAAUGUCAGUCAAGACCAUCAUAAUGCUUGCGAACUAGGGGCAGAUAUCCUAGCUCCGGAAAAUUUGCCACUCCUAAUGCGACGCUGUGUGGACAUCUUUCUACAACAGAUGUACCCGAUCAUGCCUCUUUUCAGGCCAUCCACGCUAGUAGAAUGGCUUAGCCGACCGAUGGAGCCGAAUGAACAAACGAUGUUAUUUGCUCUUUGCGCGUUGGUCACCUCGUUCCUGUGCGGCCGCAGCGAAUCCAUCCUCGGGUGUGGAGAAUGGGCAUCAGUCGCGCGGAUGUUCAUCGCAAAGAGCCAUGCGGUGCGGUCGGGAUAUAGUUUUAUCGAGGACAACACUCUUCUCUCUCUCCUUGCGUCUUUCUUUGUAGCAGUGACCCACUUUGAAUUGCACAAUGCUCGACAAAGUUGGUUCUACCUCCGCGAAGCUAUAACCUUAGCGCAGGCGCUUGGCUUGCAUACAGACGAAUUCUACCGUGGCAUGGACUAUGUGAGUGCCUUGUACUGUCGUCGGACCUACAACAUCCUGUUCGUCACGGAAAGAUCUAUGGCCGUGGCAAGACAUAAAUCGGUCCUGCUACCUCAGCCGUUGCUUCUUCCGGCCCCCGAGCCAAACGAUCACCUAGAGGACCUGGAGGAACCGCCGGAAAUUGACCUCGGAUUCCGCCAGCUUGUACACGUUUAUUCGCAGAUUGAUGUCAACUUUCUGUCCUUCUGGAGUGAAAAGGGGACAACUGGCUCCGCCCGUUCGACCUGGCACCCUUUCUGCUCGAAACUGCUACCGGGCUGUGAUGUGAUGUCUGACGCCCAGAGAGCUGAUAUAUUUGUGACCCAGCGCUGGCUUGAGCUGGUUCUAUGGAGAGCGGGCCUUCAGCAGGGGCUGCUGUCUUCCAAGGCUGAAUCCCAGUCUAAAACGUUUUCAUAUCCUGAAGAUAUUUCGCUAUCCCUACUCCAAACGUUGUCAUCGCUUUCUAAAGACGCAGUGGAGGUUCAUGGAUUGGGGAUAGUGAGUUCCGAACUUAUUCCUACAUGCACUAAAGCUAACCAGAUGGAACAGUUCGAGAAAAUAUACGACGUAGGCAACGCCCUGGCUGACUUCAUCCAUUGCUCGAUAAAUAUGGAAGGCUGGACAGCGACAAUGACACAAAACCUGGAUCGACUAGGUGCAAUUCAAAGAUACCUCUCCUUAAGUCCAAACUCUCAUGAUAAAUUUGCUUUAUCUCUGGGAGGACGACUGGCCGAGUACUCGAUUUGCUUUAGUAGCCCUUUUAACAUGCUGUGCAAAUUCGCCGUUGCAGAAGAAGAUGCGGAAGACCAAAGGGAUGCAUGUACUGUCCCGGGCUACCCUAGCAUCAUCGACUCCUUCCACCGUUCAAAUGGCUCUCGAGUAUUCUCCCUCAGCGACCUACAAUCAUCACAUCACCACUGGAAGAGGUAG